AAGUUCGAUUGUCGAUAGCCUAGCAUCCAAGUUGAGCAGCUUUUUAUUUGUUUACCUCUUAAGUGUCACUUGGUAAACUUGGUAAAUAAGCUUUAUAUUUUGUCAUUAUCACCAUAGUUUUUUAUUAAAUAACUUUCAAUGAAUGAUCUUAAAGAUAAUCCGUUGUAUAUCUCAUGGCAUGAUUCUGCUUGGAUACCUCAUAUCAAUCAAGCAACCGUUCUUGAUUAUUUUGGCGAGAGGAGUAAUCCUUUUUAUGACCGAACCUGUAAUAAUGAAACACUUAAAAUGCAAAAGGCUAGUUUGGAUCAAUUAGAGAACAUGACCGGCACUGAAUAUAUCCUUCUCCAUGUACAAGAGCCCAUCUUAUAUGUCAUUCGAAAACAACACAGACAUUCUAAAGACCAAGUUACGCCAUUGACAGAUUAUUAUGUUCUUGCUGGAUAUGUUUACCAAGCUCCUGAUUUGAACUCUGUUAUAAACUUUCGUCUCACUACUGCUCUUCACCAUUUAUCUCAAGCAUUUGAAGAAGUUCACUCUUUUGCCAGGUACCAUCCAUCAAAAGGCUAUUCUUGGGAUUUCGAUAAAGAUGGUAAAUCUAAAGAAAAGAAGAGAGAGAGUGACAAAGAAAGUGAAAAGUUAAAAGAAGAGCCAAUCUCCGCAUUUCAGAGAGCUCGAGUUGAUAUGUUGAUUCAUGAAUUAUGUAAAAAAUUUCCGCCUCCACAAUCUAAGAAAUGAGAACAUACAGAAUGCCUGGAACUCUAUAUGGGCUUAAAAUUCACUUUGAGACUACUCAUGAAAGUAAACAAUCUUAAUUUCUGUUUCGGAAUGGAAAUCGUUCAUAGCAAAAAUAAAGCCAGUCUUAGAGCAUCGACUACUAUCUAAAAAGAUAUUUUUUCAUUCUCUGUCAAAAAUAUCGUGAACACAUGGAGUUAUCACUUUCAAACUGACAUUGUAAAAAAGAACAUGCAUCAUUUUAAUUGCUGCGAUUCAAACUUUAUUUCUGUUCAAUCAUUUGAUCAUGGGAUAUUAAAAAAAGUAUAAUUUA